AUGUCUUCUGACGAUGCUUCAUCACCUUCCAAUUACAAACACGCAACAUCUAGUUUCGCAGACGUUUUCAGAUCAUUAGGCGUUGCCCGUUCAAAAUCGCUUUCGCCAAUUUUAGGGAGAGAGAACAGUGAUACAUUGUCGCAAGCGUCGGAUGGACAUAGGAAUAGCUGGAUCGCUCUUGGGCUUGAAUCAAUGCAUCGCGGCAGUGUUGUUUCCAGCUCUUCAGACGCUUCUGGUGCGCCAGAUUUCGAGACGUCUAUAAGGAACCUGGCGCAGAAACAAAACCUAGCUCAUGCGAUCGACGAGGCAGAGCAUGUGGCAAAGUCGCUUCACUGGUUUACUUCCGAGCAAACUCUAGCUCUGUGGGAGGCUGGCUCGUAUUUGAUUCAUCAUGCGACCUCUCCUGAAGCCCGGAGAAGUGGCUCGCUAUUAAUGGAAGCUAUCGCAGCGCGCCAAGACCUAUCUCCAACAGCAAGAAGAGCGGUCUUUGAGUUGAUAUCAUGUCCCUCGGAGGCCGACGUAGUGCCUGCGCGUGUGAUCUCGUUGAUUUCUCUUUCUGAUCAUGGAAGGAAGUUAGAGUUCGCUUCUUCUUCUUCCAUUAUUCCAAUCAUCUCGUCAUGUGUGGUUCCGCUCUAUGACCUGAUUUCAACCGCUCGACUAAAAGCGAGAAAAGCCAAGAUCGCGAAAGCUAAUGGACUCGCCUAUGAUGAUGCAAUCCUAGAUGACUUGCUGCAGUUUGCUGUUGACUUAAUCACGUUACAGAGGAAACCCCCAAAUAGCGAAGAGGUUCGAUCGUUGCUUGAUCAACUCUUUAUUAUCUGCAAGAAGACAAGCGUUGCAGCUGACAUCAAAAACUCUUUGGCUGUGUUUGAGGCUAUAAUUCUCUAUUCAGAUGUCCCGGAUGAAAGCUUCGUUCCAUUGCUAGAGGUUCUAUGCAAUAUCUAUGCCUCGGUCAAGUCGCUGUCUGGCCCCACGUCACGGACCGUGCGUAAUCUCGCAAGGUCAAGGAGGCAGGAUGAAAUGGUGAAUAGUCUCUACGGGUUUUUACUUGGAUCUUCCGAAGAGCAAGGGCGAAACCUGAACAUCCUGCGUGGUACGGUACAUGUAUUCACUGAUCUUAUCCGCGCGUAUGGUCAGGAUGGUAUGCCUCGGCUUCAGUUUGAGCAGUUGAUGGACUCUCUACUAGUUGUCCUAAAGAAGGACGACGGCAGGCUGGAAGCAGACGUUCUAGAUCUGUGUCUGAAUGCUCUUGAGGGCGAGUUUUCGCACGUGGCUCUAGAAAGAGAUUGGUCGAUUUUUAUCAACAUAAUUGUCUCAUGUUCGCUCAGAGCUGUUGACGAAUCCGGAGACUGUUCAGCCUCAAGCUCCAGUUCGCAGCUAUCUUACCCAAGAGCCAGUGUGUUGGACGAUACAAGGGCCAGCAUUUUAGCCAACAUUAUUCAAAUCGCCUCUGCUUUAGAGACUGUUUGGGAGCGCAUGAACAGACAGCAAAGACUGGAAGCCACGCGUUUCCUGAUGAAUGUCUGUCAACAUGUAGAGCCUCCCCAGGCUGAGCUUAUCUUGAAUACAAUGAGGGGUGAAAGGCUUUGUUUCCCUGAGAACCCUGACUGGGUACGGCAUUGUCAGAGGUUGAUCCGCUGUUUCGUUCGAUCUCGCACUAAACCAUCAGAAAUUCGCAUCCUAGCUUUGGAUACGGUAAAUGAGGCUUUCACGAACUACGAGAAUCUGUCCCAAUUUCGAGCGCACGGGCUUCUUAAUUCCAUGCUGGAAAACUUCUCUGAUGAGGAUGAUAUCUUGUUCCUCGAGUCACUCGUAUCGUUUGUUGUCGACACUUCUAUCCUUGUUGAUGAUGAAACUUCCUUCGUUUUAUUAGUAGACACUCUGGGUUCUCCGAUGACUCAGGCCUCGGAGAGACCAGUAGACUCUCGCUUAACAGUGCUCAAGGUGCUAUUUAGGCUCCGCUGCGACUCUUCAGGCUCUAUCGCAGUCCUCUCUGUCUCUGAGAAUGACUUCUUGAUGAAUGUUUCUGCUCGAAAUGCUGAUUCCGGCCCCAAGCCGCACACUACUGUUGACGACCACACAGGAGAAUACAGUGCAGAUAAUGAUAACCAGAGGACAUCGAUUUCGGGUAAACUAUCAACGAAAGACAAUGCUAGUAUUUCCUCAAAGUCUUCUGGGCGAAAUACAGGUAUCCCUCUACGUGCGUCGAAGUUGACGCCACCAGCCUGGACACAUACGUCCUCCCAGGUACUUCCUGAACAACCACCCGAUGAAUCAAGUCCGUUUGUAUAUGCUUAUACGACAUCCGACACAUCCCAUCAUCUAGAAUCGGAUCCAGCGCAGAAGGUUGCAUUAAAAGCCAACAUGUGGUUAGAAACUGUCAUCUCGCUGUUGCAUCGCGAUACCAACUGGGAGAUUUACAGCUAUGUUCUAACUCAUCUCGCACCACAGCUUCGCAACAAGGAUUUCUUUAGUAACGCAGUUCCUCAAGUCAAGCUGUUGCGUAGUAUACUGUGUGAUCAGGUCAAGAACGAUUCCUUCCGUGAACCCCCGGCGUCGACUGGCGUGAAAAAGACCGAUGUGGCGGGAUAUAUAUUCGACACCUUGUGCGUACUAAUUGGCUAUCAUGAAUUCUUCGCUAAAAGCGAAGAAGACGAACUUGUGCGUUCGUUUAUGAUGGGCAUUAUUGGAUCCUGGGGAGGUACUUCUCGUGGAUGCAUUCACGCCCUUUCCGUCUGCUGUCAUGAAAUCCCUCUCUCUGUGACAAAAUCAUUGAACGGGAUCCUUGACAAGAUGUCGAAAGUGAUCACAUUGGCCAACCUUGCAGUACAUAUUCUGGAAUUCCUUGCAUUACUCGCACGAUUACCUGACGUUUAUGUCAAUUUGCGCGAAGAGGAGAUCCGUACUGUCUUCGGCAUCUGCAUUCGCUUUCUACAGACUUCUCGAGAACAGCGCUUCAAAGCUUCCGAGUCAACAAAUCGGAACCCUCAGAUGUCCGCGAAACUCGGAAGUGGCGUGCGAGAGACUGCUGCUCUUCCUGCUGAAAUGUCGGACCCAUCUCUUCAAGACGGAAUGUCAAGAUAUAUUUAUACCCUAACGCACCACGUUAUGGUGUUUUGGUUCUUAUCGUUAAAAUUACAAGACCGGGCCAAGCAUGUCAAUUGGAUCACUAGCAGGCUUAUAUUCAGGGAUGAACACGGAAAAGAAAUGGUCGAAGAACAGAGUCAAGUUUUUCUUGACUUGAUGCAAAGGGUUGCUUUUACCGAUUUAGGCGAGACUAUUCCAUAUGCAACAUUCCCCCCAAGUCCGGCGGAUGGCCCUGUAUCAAAGAAGUCAUGGGUGGUGGGCAUGAGCAUAGUCACUGUGGAAAUAGCUGGUGUGUCCGGCCUAACUCAAAUCACGAAGAGGCAGGCAUCAGGAACUACGUAUGCCAUGUACCAGCAACGGACUGCUCCUGUCCUUCCACAUCAGGUUCCUCCAACACCUGAUGCUCAUCUGCAUGGUGAUGGCAUGCGCACUGCUGUCCUUCCCAGUCACGUCAUGCUUCAGCUAACAACUACGGCUUUUCCUACACCGACCGCAAUGCAGCCAGUUCCCCUGCCCGAGGAUGACAUCACCCGUCGGGCACUCAGUACCUUCGACCGAAAUGAUAUCGUGGAUGGACACAAGAUCGGCGUCAUCUACAUUGAUGAUCGUCAGAUGACCGAGGCAGAUAUUCUUUCCAACACUAGUGGUAGCCCCGACUAUGAGUACUUUCUGUCAAGACUUGGAACGAAGGUUCCCCUCAGAGGUGCUCAAUUCAAUACACAGGGGUUGCACCCCGAUAUCGAUGGGGAAUCUACCUACGCCUGGCGUGACCGAGUCACGGAAAUCGUGUACCACGUAGUGACAAUGAUGCCUACCAAUUUCGACAACGACCCUUCCUGCAUCAACAAAAAACGCCACAUAGGAAAUGAUUUUGUCAACAUCAUUUUCAAUCGGUCAAAUAUUCCGUUCAACUUUGAUACAAUUCCAUCACAGUUCAAUUUUGUGAAUAUCGUUAUUAGUCCUGUGUGCCGUAUCGCGAAUGGGGUUGAGCCUGCAAACAUGGACCCGGAGGGCUACGAGAAGCUCUUUUACCACGUCCAGGUAAUGAGCAAACCUGGCUUUCCCGAGAUCUCACCUGCUGCUGCGCCCAAGAUAAUUUCCGGAAAGAAUCUGGCUGCCUUUGUACGCUUUCUUGCCUUAAACGCGUCAGUAUUUUCGCUAGUCUGGAAUAGCCAAGGAGGCGAGCAUAUUUCCUCUUGGCGAAACCGGUUACGGGAGAUCAAAAGACUUCGGGAACGAGCUUUAGGUUCUCAGACUCAGACUUCUGAUGCCGCAGAGGGAGCUUAUCCCGGCCAACGCCGCAACACGAAGGCUAACAUAUUCUCCGAAGAACUGCCAUCACGUAGUACCCCUGCACAGUCAGAUUUUGCUACCGACUGGAAUGCGUCUGCGGAUGCCAACAUCCUCCAAAACUUGGAUUUCUCUCGAUGGGGACGGUGA